UGAGGUCGGGUAGCACACGUCGCCAACAAUUGUCCGCUGGGCAGGGUCGGUGACAGGUCGGUGACAGCGACGUGGGAACAUAGAGAGGGGGCAAGAGAGGGAGAGAGAGAGUAGACGAAGAGCAGGGGGAGGGGAAAGAGAUGGGAGGAAGAAGAACAGCGACGGGAAUGGUAGAAAGGGAAGAAGACAGUAUGUCGGGCAUGAUGCAGAAGUUGGACAAAGAGAAGCUCACGAAGGCAGCGAAGGAAUGGCCGACAUGGUUUUUGAAGAAAGCCAAGGUCGUUGCUCAUUAUGGAUUCAUCCCUUUAGUUAUCGUCGUUGGCAUGAGGACGGAGCCAAGGCCAAGUCUUGUGCAGCUGUUCAUGCCUGUCUGACUGGUACAGUUUUCUCGAGCAACUAUGCGCCAUAGCCAGCCAUCCCCGUCAUUCACCAUGACCGACGACGACAACGAAGAAGAAGAAGAAGAAGAAGAAGAAGAAGAUGGUACAAGGAUAUAAUGUGCAAGGAGGAAGAGGAAGACGGAGGAAGGAGGAAAACGAUGGGCGAAGAAUGAGACGGAGGAAGAAGAUGAUGGAGGAAGAAGUAGAUGGAGGACGGAGGAAGGAGAAGAAAGACGAAGGAAGGAGAUAAUGGAGGAAGAAGAGGAUGGAGGAGGUGGAAGUAGGUGGAGGAGGAAGAAGAAGAUGGGAGGAAGAAGAUGCAGGGAUUGACAUCUCAGCAUCAAUGAUGUUCUCUGAGUCAUGGUGAUGGAUGGAGAACAGCAGGCGAUACUUUUAUGGCCGCGCGUGUCUCAGAAAAGCAUCGCCUGCAGUCAAAUCCUUUAGCUUUUUUCAAAAACAGGCAUGGUUUUCCCAAUUAUAGAUGCAUGCUGAAGAGAUUGAAGAUGAUCUGGUCCCUGUCAUGAUCUAGAGGAUGGACGGUGAUGGAGCAGGAAAGAACGAGAAAAAACAGGGGAGAUGAUGGGUUUCAGGAGGAUGAUUGACGGACUUGCCAAGUGUACAACGGAUACAUAGCGGGUUUCGAAUGAUGGAAGAGAAACAAAAAAGAAACAAAACAAGAGAAAAAAGAUCUGGCUAUCACAGGGUUGUUGAGGACAGGCGGAGAAGUUUUGUCCCUCGACAGCUAUGGAGAUGAUAAAGAGGAGGGGAUGGCGUGUUGAAGUGGGCAGUGGCAGGGUGUGAUCGAGGAGAAGAUGACGAUGUCAAUAGCCAUCGCCGGGAUGCUGCGGGUGAUGGAAGAGGAAGUUGAAGGCUGUUUGAAGAGGAAGAUGCCAGGACGCCAAGAUCACUGCUGUAGCCGUGACCGCAGAUAAAAAAGAUGGUGAUGAAGUGAAAGCAAAUGGAGUAAGCGGCAGAGGAGGGAGGAUGAAUCCGAAGCUGUAAGGUAGAAGAAUGAAAAUGAAAGGUGCACAUUGCCACAAACACAGAGAGAGAGAGAGAGAGAGAGAGAGAGAGAGAGAGAGAGAGAGAGAGAGAGAGAGAGAGAGAGAGAGAGAGAGUAGGUUGAAGAGCCGGAGAAUGGUUGAGAGAAUUCCUCCCGUCCAUGUUCCCGCUCUCCAUAUCCUUCUUCUCCUCGCCACUCUUCACAUCCUUGUUUUUCUCCUCCCCUGUCUCUCCUCUUGGCGUCCAAUCAUCAACUUGUUGGAGGGCAUACUUGCUUGUACAAAGACUUCAGACUCUCCUGAACGCAAAUUAUAGCCAGAUUCGGUUCAUAGAGUCUCGGCGUGACUAUGCGCCUUGAGGCCUAUAUGCGACUGUCUCCUCCCUCUUGUCUCCUCCUGUCUCCAUCUCUGCCUUCCUCUCUCUCUCUCCUCAUGCUUUCUGUAGUGUCUGGUGCUGGGAGCUGUUUCCCACGUUGUGUGAUCCAAUCGUUAUUUCCUCGCUUUGAUCAAAUUUUUCCUGUAUCUCGAGCCUCUCUCUCUGUGUGACGUUGGCUUUUCUUUCCAAUCUUUUUAUUUGAGUAAUUCUAGUUGUGAGGUCGGCUGUUUUUUGGGGUAGUAGUUUGGGGUUUGAUUAUAAGCGAUCUCAUGUGGAGAGGAAGAGAGGGGCGAUGGUGAUUUCAACGUAAUCAAUAACUUCAAUAAUU